GUAAAUAGAAGCAUUCUAUCAGUUCUCAGUUCUUCUCAAAGGUGAUUGGGGAUGUCUGAUCCCUAGAAGGCAGCUAUGAAAGGUCUCAGCAUGCUGAUAGCGCCGCUGUUCAUCGUUGUCCCGUUGGUGGCCACUCAUCCGGCGACUCCCGGUCCGAGAGAGAAGGUCGUGCAUGUAUCUGGUACCGCGAAGCUGAAUUGUCCCCGCGGCAGGGAGGCGAGGAAGAGCAUGCUGCUCGUGGAGCUCCGCUGGUACCGGAACGAUCAACUGUUCAUGACGAAGCGAACCAGAAGUGACAUGGCCGACUUCACGACCCGUGACCCGAGGACCUCUCUCCAGAGAAACAGGCUGGUGAUCCGGAACUCACGUCCGUCAGACGCCGGCAACUACGGCUGCCACGUGAUCUGGCCGUUGCCGGAACGGUGGCAGAACUACAGCCUCCAGGUCACCAGAGUCGACUAUGACGACAGCUACAGAGACGACUACGGCGACGAGCCGGCCGAGCGGGACAGCGGCAGCGUGGAGGAGGUCACGGACCUCUGCGCUGCCGUCGAGCCCGGUGCCACGCCUGGGACAAACGGCUCAUUGGUGCCACGCGCGCCCCAUUUCGACGAGAUAGCCCGGCUGCGCCGGCUGGAGGUGGUGCUCGCCGGCAGCCCGGUCACCUUGCGCUGUCCCGGCCAGAGGUGCCGCACGUAG